CUUGCUACCGAGCUCCAGUGAAGAUGAGCAAUGGCAGCUGGUUACGAAUACCACUAUGGAUACCACUAUUGGUGAUUGCCUUUACACAUAACAAAGUCCAUGCCCAGUUUUCACAAGAGGAGCAAAAAACAGAAUAUGGUGAUCUGUCUAUCCAGCAGCGACAAGACAAUUUUUCUGCUUCAGUUACCAGACCCCCAGAAGUGACUAUCAUCCCACCAUUGGGAAAGACACUGGCAGUAAAGUCUGGCAACCCAGCUCACACUGGCCGAGUAUGCAGUACCUGGGGAAACUUCCACUUCAAGACCUUUGAUGGAGACAUCUUCCAGUUCCCUGGGCUCUGCAACUAUAUCUUUGCAUCUAACUGUAAAGCCAGCUAUGAGGACUUCAACAUCCAGAUCAGACGCUCCAUAAUAGAAAACACCACCCUCAUUAGCCAUAUCAGCCUGAAGCUGGAUGGAGUGGCCAUAGAACUGACCAGGAACACCACAGUGGUUAAUGGCAACCCGGUGCAGCUGCCUUUCAGCCAGUCAGGAAUCCUGAUGCAGAGAAGUAACAUGUACUUGAAAAUCUCGGCCAAGUUGGGCCUGGAGUUCAUGUGGAAUGAAGAGGAUGCACUCCUGGUGGAACUGCAUGAGAAAUAUGCUAAUCAGACCUGUGGGCUUUGCGGGGACUUCAAUGGGAUUUCAACCUACAAUGAGUUUGUGUCCAACAAUAUUGAGCUGACCCCUUUACAGUUUGGGAAUUUGCAGAAGCUGGAUGGACCCACAGAGCAAUGUGAGGAUCCAGUACCUUUUGAAACUCCUGCAAACUGCACAAGUGAAUUUAAUGCUAUAUGCCAAGCAGUACUGACAGGUGAAGCCUUUGUAAGCUGUAAUGAACUAGUUAACGUUCAAGAGUAUAUCAGCUCCUGCAUACAAGACUUGUGCCACUGUGACGAUCUAAUGGCUGAAUCCUGCAUGUGUAACACCUUUGCUGAAUACUCCCGGCAAUGUGCCCAUGCUGGUGGGGAACCUCUGAAUUGGAGAACUGCAGGACUCUGCACCAAAUCAUGCCCUUUCAACAUGCAGUACCAGGAGUGUGGCUCCCCCUGUCCAGACACCUGCACCAACCCUGAAAGAUCUCAGCUCUGUGAAGACCACUGUACAGAUGCCUGUCUUUGUCCUCCAGGAACUGUGUAUGAUGAUAUUAACAACAGUGGAUGUAUCCCCCUCGAACAAUGCUACUGCACCUACAAAGGUGAAACAUAUGCUCCAGGGGCCAAAUUUACAUCCACAUGCACUUCCUGCACAUGUACUGAAGGCCAGUGGGUUUGUGUCAGCCUUUCAUGCCCUGGGACAUGUAGUAUUGAAGGAGGGUCCCAUAUCUCCACAUUUGAUGAGAAACGUUUCACUUUCUUUGGAGACUGUAACUAUGUACUGACAAAGCUUUGUGACAGUAAUGACUUCACUGUCCUGGGAGAAAUCCGUAAAUGUGGCCUAACUGACACUGAGACAUGUUUGAAAGGGGUAACCAUAAGUGUUGGUGGAGGACAAAAUAUCAUUGCAAUCAAAUCUUCUGGCAGUGUCUUUGUGAACACGAUCUACACCCAGGUGCCCUUCUCUGCAGCCAAUUGCACCAUCUUCAAGCCGUCAUCAUUUUACAUGAUUGUACAUACAAACUAUGGUCUUCAACUAAAGAUCCAGCUUGUACCCAUCAUGCAACUGUAUAUAAAUGUGGAACCAGCCCACAAAGGGCUGACAUGUGGUCUCUGUGGAAAUUUCAACAAUAUACAGGCAGAUGACUUCAAAGCCGCAAGUGGUGUAAUUGAAGGAACAUCAGCUGCUUUUGCCAACACCUGGAAAACCCAGGCAGAUUGUCCUAAUGUCAAAAACAACUUUGAGAACCCCUGCACUCUCAGCAUAGAAAAUGAACAAUAUGCUCAGCACUGGUGUGGAUUACUUAUUGCCACCACUGGACCCUUUGCCAAGUGCCACUCAACAGUGAAUCCAGAUGCUUACUAUGUGAACUGUAUGUUUGACAGCUGUAACUGUGAGAACAGUGAGGACUGCAUGUGUGCGGCACUCUCAACCUACGUCAAAGCCUGUGCUACCAAGGGAAUCCAGCUGAUCGGUUGGAGGGCUGGUGUCUGUACAAAAUACACAACCACGUGUCCCAAAACCCUGACAUACAGCUACGCUGUUGAUUCCUGUGAACCCACUUGUCGGUCUCUGAGCGAGCCAGAUAUCACAUGCAACAUCCAGUUUGUUCCAGUUGAUGGCUGUACCUGUGAAAAGGGAACCUACAUGGAUGAAAGUGGCAAAUGUGUGCCUCCUUCUAGCUGCCCUUGUUACUACAAAGGAUCCAUUGUAUCUUCUGGAGAAGUUGUUCAUGACAAUGGUGUUGUCUGCUCUUGCACACGUGGCAAACUGAACUGUAUUGGAGCCAAACCAGCACCAGCUUGUAAAUCUCCAAUGGUCUACUUUAACUGCACCAACACCACUGCAGGUGUAACUGGAGCUGAGUGCCAGAAGAGCUGUCAGACUCUUGAUAUGGGAUGCUACAGCACACAAUGUCUCUCUGGCUGCAUUUGUCCUGGCAAUCUAGUGGCAGAUGGGCAAGGUGCCUGCAUACCGGCAGAAGAGUGUCCAUGUGUUCACAAUGAGAACUCCUACAAACCAGGGGAAACAAUCAAAGUUGGCUGUAACACUUGCACAUGUAAAAACAGACAGUGGCAAUGCACCAAUGAAUCUUGUCUGGCAACCUGCACUGUUUAUGGAGAUGGGCAUUACAUCACUUUUGACAGCAAACGCUACAGCUUCAGUGGAGAUUGUGAAUACACACUGGUCCAGAACUACUGUGGUAUGAACAACAGCAGCCAGGGAGGAACCUUCCGAGUUAUCACUGAGAACAUCCCCUGUGGUACUACUGGAACCACUUGCUCAAAGUCCAUUAAAGUUUUUCUGAGGAGCUAUGAACUGAUACUCAGUGAUGGGAACUUUGAAGUGAUACAGAGGGUCCCUGGAGGGGAAAUGCCAUUCACCAUCCGUUCCAUGGGUCUCUACCUGGUGAUUGACACUGAUGCUGGGCUAAUAGUCAUGUGGGAUAAGAAAACCAGUGUAUUUAUUAAACUCAGCCCUAAUUUUAAGGGUCAGGUUUGUGGCCUGUGUGGAAACUUUGAUGGAAAUGGCAUCAAUGACUUUACCACUAGGAGUCAGUCUGUGGUAGGAGAUGUGAUAGAGUUUGGAAACAGCUGGAAAGUGUCUCCAUCUUGUCCAGAUACCAAAGGGAGCAAGAAUCCUUGCACUACAAACCCUUACAGAGCUUCCUGGGCAAAAAAACAGUGCAGCAUCAUCACCAGCGCAGCAUUUGCAAACUGCCACUCUCAGAUUGAACCAAAUGAAUAUUAUGAGGCAUGUGUGACGGACGCUUGUGCAUGUGACACUGGGGGAGAUUGUGAAUGUUUCUGUACAGCAGUAGCUGCAUAUGCUCAAAAAUGUAAUGAGGCUGGCAUCUGCGUUUCAUGGAGAACCCCAUCCAUUUGUCCUGUCUUCUGUGAUUACUACAACCCAAAAGAGGAAUGUGAGUGGCACUACAAGUCAUGUGGGGCCCCAUGUAUAAAGACCUGCAGGAACAAAAGUGGAAACUGCAGUCAUGAACUACGAGGCCUGGAAGGCUGCUACCCAAACUGUCCAGAUGAUAAACCCUAUUUUAAUGAAGAAAAUAUGAAGUGUGUUGAAACCUGCGGCUGUUAUGACAAUAAUGGAAACUAUUACCCACCAGGAUCAAAGAUUCCUUCAAAAGAAAACUGUUAUUCAUGUGAAUGCACGCUUGAAGGCAAAAUCAAUUGCAAGCACGAUGAACACGCCUGCAAUUGCACAUAUGAUGGAAAGACUUAUCCAUAUCAUGCUGUCAUCUACAACACUACAGAUGGUAUUGGUGCAUGUAUUCUUGCAACCUGUGGCCCGAAUGGAACAAUCAACAGAACUGUCUAUGAAUGUCCUGUAACCACAACACCAUUUGUAUUUACCUCUUCAACACCUAUAACUACCACUACAGUACCAUCAACUAUACCACUAUGUGUUCAUGAAGUAUGUAAAUGGUCACAGUGGUAUGAUGUGCGUUAUCCAGACAAUGGGGAAAAUGAUGAAGACUUUGAUACAUUUGAUAACUUAAGAGCUGAAGGUUACAAAAUCUGCAAAGCUCCAAAGGCUGUUGAAUGCAGAGCAAAGGACUAUCCAACCACACCGUUAAAUGAACUUGGGCAAAAAGUAGAAUGCAAUACAACAGCAGGUCUUAUAUGUUAUAACAAGGACCAAAAUCCAAUGAAGUGUCACAAUUAUCAGAUCAAAAUCUACUGCUGUACUUUUGUACCAUGUGGAUACACAACUACAACUAGCAUAAAGUCAACUGAAACAGCAACUACUGUCACAGAAACUAUCCCUCCAGAAACCACUACAACUUUUGUACAUUCCACAGCUACACCACAACCUACCUCCACAAAAUAUAAAACAACUACCCUAUCAAUGAGUACCAUGACAACCACAACUCUUUCAACAACUUCAGUCCCAGAAACAACCACAAUGACAAGCUCCAUUCUACCAACCACAAGUGCAAAACCUAUAACCACUAUUUCUUCAACAACUGCUGCUUGCACAAAGGAAAUCUGUAAAUGGUCACAGUGGUAUAACAUAUAUUACCCAAAACAAGGAAUCAAUGGUGGAGACUUAGAAACAUUUAAAAAUAUAAGAGAAAAAGGAUAUUCUGUUUGUGAAACACCAAAGAAUGUUAAAUGCAGAGCAGUAAGGUUCCCCAAUACUAGUUUGAAAGAUUUAAAACAAAAUGUUACAUGCACCAAAACUGAAGGCUUGAUAUGCUAUAACAGAGAUCAAUUCCCACACAUAUGCUUAGACUAUGAAAUACAAAUUGAGUGCUGCAAAAAUGAAACGACACAAUGCCCAACAACUCUAACGACAAAACCAGUUGUAAUACAUACACGGACAACAACAGUUCCCACAAAACAUCAGCUUACUCAAAAACAAACAACCACAACCGCUAAAACCAUGGAAACCAGCACAAAGAUCAUUCUAACAACGCAUGCCACAACACUGGGAAGCACAACACACAAGACACCACCGCCUACGAUAGAAACCAGCACACCCUUAAAAACUGUGCCCCCAGUCAUAACGACCUCUAAAACAGCAUCAGCAACUACCAAACUACCCACCAGCGCCACCCUAAGCACGCCUCCGACCACACUAAUCAGCACCACCACUCUCACUAUGCCAACCAGAACCAGAGCCACAGAAACAUCACCACCACCUACAACCACAGAAACCAGCACAGAGGUCAUCUUAACCACACAUCGCACAACCGUGGUACCUACGCCCCCCACGAUGCCACCACCUACCACAGAAACCAGCACACCCGUAACUACGGUGCCCCCUCCAACAACGACCUCUGAAACCCCCUCCACAACUACCACCCUGCCAACCAGUACAAAGACCACUAUUUCCACCCAGAGCACAACACGGACUCUCCCGCACACCUCCACAACUGUCACAACUGCCACCCAGUCCACCACCCAUUUGUCUACACUCCCCACCCACUCAAAAACGACUCCAACCACUACAACCCAAGCACCCAGCACGAGCACAAAGGGCACCACAGCCUCUUCAUCCACUGUAGUGCCCUCAACACCGGCCCCAAGCACCACAACCACUACAGCAACUACUGCUUGUGAGCAGGUAUGCACGUGGAGCAAAUGGCUUGAUGUUGAUUUCCCCACCUCAGGACCAUCAGAUGGAGACAUUGAAACCUACCACAACAUUAGGGCAGCAGGAGAGAAGAUCUGUGGACAGCCUACACACAUUGAGUGCCGUGCUGAGAACUUUCCUAAUAUAAGCAUCCAUAAUGUAGGUCAGAAAGUGAGUUGUGACAUCAAUUUCGGGCUCGUGUGCAAAAAUGAGGAGCAAGUCGGGAAGUUCGAGAUAUGCUUCAACUACCAGGUACGUGUCAGGUGCUGCACACCAAACCCCAUCUGCACAAGUCCAACCACCACCCCGGCGACCACAACAGGCAGCACACCGCCUCCGACCACACUAAUCAGCACCACCACUCUCACUGUGCCAACCAGAACCAGAGCCACAGAAACAUCCCCACCACCUACAACCACUGAAACCAGCACAGAGUUCAGCUCAACCACGCAUCGCACAACCGUCGUCACUACACCACUCACGACGCCACCUCCUACGACAGAAACCAGCACACCCGUAACUACGGUGCCCCCUCCAACAACGACCUCUGAAACCCUCUCCACAACUACCACCCUGCCAACCAGCACAAAGACCACUAUUUCCACCCAGAGCACAACACGGACUCUCCCGACCAUCACCACAACUGUCACAACUGCCACCCAGUCCACCACCCAUUUGUCUACAAUCCCCACCCACUCAAAAACGACUCUAACCACUACAACCCAAGCACCCAGCACGAGCACAAAGGGCACCACAGCCUCUUCAUCCACUGUAGUGCCCUCAACACCGGCCCCAAGCACCACAACCACUACAGCAACUACUGCUUGUGAGCAGGUAUGCACGUGGAGCAAAUGGCUUGAUGUUGAUUUCCCCACCUCAGGACCAUCAGAUGGAGACAUUGAAACCUACCACAACAUUAGGGCAGCAGGAGAGAAGAUCUGUGGACAGCCUACACACAUUGAGUGCCGUGCUGAGAACUUUCCUAAUAUAAGCAUCCAUAAUGUAGGUCAGAAAGUGAGUUGUGACAUCAAUUUCGGGCUCGUGUGCAAAAAUGAGGAGCAAGUCGGGAAGUUCGAGAUAUGCUUCAACUACCAGGUACGUGUCAGGUGCUGCACACCAAACCCCAUCUGUGCAAGUCCAACCACCACCCCGGCGACCACAACAGGCAGCACACCACCUCCGACCACACUAAUCAGCACCACCACUCUCACUGUGCCAACCAGAACCACAGCCACAGAAACAUCCCCACCACCUUCAACCACAGAAACCAGCACAGAGGUCAGCUCAACCACGCAUCGCAUAACCGUGUUCACUACAACCCUCACGAUGCCACCUCCUACGACAAAAACCAGCACACCCGUAACUACAGUGCCCCCUCCAACAACGACCUCUCAAAGCCCCUCCACAACUACCACCUUGCCAACCAGUACAAAGACCACUAUUUCCACCCAGAGCACAACACGGACUCUCCCGCACACCUCCACAACUGUCACAACUGCCACCCAGUCCACCACCCAUUUGUCUACACUCCCCACCCACUCAAAAACGACUCCAACCACUACAACCCAAGCACCCAGCACGAGCACAAAGGGCACCACAGCCUCUCCAUCCACUGUAGUGCCCUCAACACCGGCCCCAAGCACCACAACCACUACAGCAACUACCGCUUGUGAGCAGGUAUGCACGUGGAGCAAAUGGCUUGAUGUUGAUUCCCCGUACUCGGGAGCAGGAGAGGGGGACAUUGAAACCUACCAGAACAUUAGGGCAGCAGGAGAGAAGAUCUGUGAACAGCCUGCAGACAUUGAGUGCCGAGCUGAAAACCAACAAGACAUAAGUAUCAACGAAGUCGGUCAAGUCGUGCUGUGUGACGUGCACUUCGGCCUGGUGUGCAAGAACAAGGACCAAAUCGGAAACGUCAACAAGUGCGAUAACUACCAGAUACGUGUCUUAUGCUGUGGGCCAACCCCCAACUGCACAAGUCCAACCACCGCCCCAGUGACCACAACAGGCAGCACACCGCCUCCGACCACACUAAUCAGCACCACCACUCUCACUAUGCCAACCAGAACCAGAGCCACAGAAACAUCCCCACCACCUACAACCACAGAAACCAGCACAGAGGUCAUCUCAACCACGCAUCGCACAACCGUGGUCACUACAACCCUCACGACGCCACCUCCUACAACAGAAACCAGCACACCCGUAACUACAGUGCCCCCUCCAACAACGACCUCUCAAAGCCCCUCCACAACUACCACCCUGCCAACCAGCACAAAGACCACUAUUUCCACUCAGAGCACAACACGGACUCUCCCGCACACCUCCACAACUGUCACAACUGCCACCCAGUCCACCACCCAUUUGUCUACACUCCCCACCCACUCAAAAACGACUCCAACCACUACAACCCAAGCACCCAGCACGAGCACAAAGGGCACCACAGCCUCUCCAUCCACCGUAGUGCCCUCAACACCGGCCCCAAGCACCACAACCACUACAGCAACUACCGCUUGUGAGCAGGUAUGCACGUGGAGCAAAUGGCUUGAUGUUGAUUCCCCGUACUCGGGAGCAGGAGAGGGGGACAUUGAAACCUACCAGAACAUUAGGGCAGCAGGAGAGAAGAUCUGUGAACAGCCUGCAGACAUUGAGUGCCGAGCUGAAAACCAACAAGACAUAAGUAUCAACGAAGUUGGUCAAGUCGUGCUGUGUGACGUGCACUUCGGCCUGGUGUGCAAGAACAAGGACCAAAACGGAAACGUCAACAAGUGCGAUAACUACCAGAUACGUGUCUUAUGCUGUGGGCCAACCCCCAACUGCACAAGUCCAACCACCGCCCCAGUGACCACAACAGGCAGCACACCGCCUCCGACCACACUAAUCAGCACCACCACUCUCACUGUGCCAACCAGAACCAGAGCCACAGAAACAUCCCCACCACCUACAACCACAGAAACCAGCACAGAGGUCAUCUCAACCACGCAUCGCACAACCGUGGUCACUACAACCCUCACGACGCCACCUCCUAUGACAGAAACCAGCACACCCGUAACUAUGGUGCCCCCUCCAACAACGACCUCUCAAAGCCCCUCCACAACUACCACCCUGCCAACCAGCACAAAGACCACUAUUUCCACCCAGAGCACAACACAGACUCUCCCGCACACCUCCACAACUGUCACAACUGCCACCCAGUCCACCACCCAUUUGUCUACAAUCCCCACCCACUCCAAAACGACCCCAACCACUACAACCCAAGCACCCAGCACGAGCACAAAGGGCACCACAGCCUCUCCAUCCACCGUAGGGACCUCAACACUGACCCCAAGCACUACAACCGCUACAUCAUCUACCACUUGUGAGCAGGUAUGCACGUGGAGCAAAUGGUUUGAUGUUGAUUUCCCCACCUCAGGACCAUCAGAUGGAGACAUCGAAACCUACCACAACAUUAGGGCAGCAGGAGAGAAGAUCUGUGGACAGCCUACACACAUUGAGUGCCGUGCUGAGAACUUUCCUAAUAUAAGCAUCCAUAAUGUAGGUCAGAAAGUGAGUUGUGACAUCAAUUUCGGGCUCGUGUGCAAAAAUGAGGAGCAAGUCGGGAAGUUCGAGAUAUGCUUCAACUACCAGGUACGUGUCAGGUGCUGCACACCAAACCCCAUCUGUGCAAGUCCAACCACCACCCCGGCGACCACAACAGGCAGCACACCACCUCCGACCACACUAAUCAGCACCACCACUCUCACUGUGCCAACCAGAACCAGAGCCACAGAAACAUCCCCACCUCCUUCAACCACAGAAACCAGCACAGAGGUCAGCUCAACCACGCAUCGCAUAACCGUGUUCACUACAUCCCUCACGAUGCCACCUCCUACGACAAAAACCAGCACACCCGUAACUACAGUGCCCCCUCCAACAACGACCUCUCAAAGCCCCUCCACAACUACCACCUUGCCAACCAGUACAAAGACCACUAUUUCCACCCAGAGCACAACACGGACUCUCCCGCACACCUCCACAACUGUCACAACUGCCACCCAGUCCACCACCCAUUUGUCUACACUCCCCACCCACUCAAAAACGACUCCAACCACUACAACCCAAGCACCCAGCACGAGCACAAAGGGCACCACAGCCUCUCCAUCCACUGUAGUGCCCUCAACACCGGCCCCAAGCACCACAACCACUACAGCAACUACCGCUUGUGAGCAGGUAUGCACGUGGAGCAAAUGGCUUGAUGUUGAUUCCCCGUACUCGGGAGCAGGAGAGGGGGACAUUGAAACCUACCAGAACAUUAGGGCAGCAGGAGAGAAGAUCUGUGAACAGCCUGCAGACAUUGAGUGCCGAGCUGAAAACCAACAAGACAUAAGUAUCAACGAAGUCGGUCAAGUCGUGCUGUGUGACGUGCACUUCGGCCUGGUGUGCAAGAACAAGGACCAAAUCGGAAACGUCAACAAGUGCGAUAACUACCAGAUACGUGUCUUAUGCUGUGGGCCAACCCCCAACUGCACAAGUCCAACCACCGCCCCAGUGACCACAACAGGCAGCACACCGCCUCCGACCACACUAAUCAGCACCACCACUCUCACUAUGCCAACCAGAACCAGAGCCACAGAAACAUCCCCACCACCUACAACCACAGAAACCAGCACAGAGGUCAUCUCAACCACGCAUCGCACAACCGUGGUCACUACAACCCUCACGACGCCACCUCCUACAACAGAAACCAGCACACCCGUAACUACAGUGCCCCCUCCAACAACGACCUCUCAAAGCCCCUCCACAACUACCACCCUGCCAACCAGCACAAAGACCACUAUUUCCACUCAGAGCACAACACGGACUCUCCCGCACACCUCCACAACUGUCACAACUGCCACCCAGUCCACCACCCAUUUGUCUACACUCCCCACCCACUCAAAAACGACUCCAACCUCUACAACCCAAGCACCCAGCACGAGCACAAAGGGCACCACAGCCUCUCCAUCCACCGUAGUGCCCUCAACACCGGCCCCAAGCACCACAACCACUACAGCAACUACCGCUUGUGAGCAGGUAUGCACGUGGAGCAAAUGGCUUGAUGUUGAUUCCCCGUACUCGGGAGCAGGAGAGGGGGACAUUGAAACCUACCAGAACAUUAGGGCAGCAGGAGAGAAGAUCUGUGAACAGCCUGCAGACAUUGAGUGCCGAGCUGAAAACCAACAAGACAUAAGUAUCAACGAAGUUGGUCAAGUCGUGCUGUGUGACGUGCACUUCGGCCUGGUGUGCAAGAACAAGGACCAAAACGGAAACGUCAACAAGUGCGAUAACUACCAGAUACGUGUCUUAUGCUGUGGGCCAACCCCCAACUGCACAAGUCCAACCACCGCCCCAGUGACCACAACAGGCAGCACACCGCCUCCGACCACACUAAUCAGCACCACCACUCUCACUGUGCCAACCAGAACCAGAGCCACAGAAACAUCCCCACCACCUACAACCACAGAAACCAGCACAGAGGUCAUCUCAACCACGCAUCGCACAACCGUGGUCACUACAACCCUCACGACGCCACCUCCUACGACAGAAACCAGCACACCCGUAACUAUGGUGCCCCCUCCAACAACGACCUCUCAAAGCCCCUCCACAACUACCACCCUGCCAACCAGCACAAAGACCACUAUUUCCACCCAGAGCACAACACAGACUCUCCCGCACACCUCCACAACUGUCACAACUGCCACCCAGUCCACCACCCAUUUGUCUACAAUCCCCACCCACUCCAAAACGACCCCAACCACUACAACCCAAGCACCCAGCACGAGCACAAAGGGCACCACAGCCUCUCCAUCCACCGUAGGGACCUCAACACUGACCCCAAGCACUACAACCGCUACAUCAUCUACCACUUGUGAGCAGGUAUGCACGUGGAGCAAAUGGUUUGAUGUUGAUUUCCCCACCUCAGGACCAUCAGAUGGAGACAUCGAAACCUACCACAACAUUAGGGCAGCAGGAGAGAAGAUCUGUGGACAGCCUACACACAUUGAGUGCCGUGCUGAGAACUUUCCUAAUAUAAGCAUCCACAAUGUCGGUCAGAAAGUGAGUUGUGACAUCAAUUUCGGGCUCGUGUGCAAAAAUGAGGAGCAAGUCGGGAAGUUCGAGAUAUGCUUCAACUACCAGGUACGUGUCAGGUGCUGCACACCAAACCCCAUCUGCACAAGUCCAACCACCACCCCGGCGACCACAACAGGCAGCACACCACCUCCGACCACACUAAUCAGCACCACCACUCUCACUGUGCCAACCAGAACCAGAGCCACAGAAACAUCCCCACCACCUACAACCACUGAAACCAGCACAGAGUUCAGCUCAACCACGCAUCGCACAACCGUCGUCACUACACCACUCACGACGCCACCUCCUACGACAGAAACCAGCACACCCGUAACUACGGUGCCCCCUCCAACAACGACCUCUGAAACCCUCUCCACAACUACCACCCUGCCAACCAGCACAAAGACCACUAUUUCCACCCAGAGCACAACACGGACUCUCCCGACCAUCACCACAACUGUCACAACUGCCACCCAGUCCACCACCCAUUUGUCUACAAUCCCCACCCACUCAAAAACGACUCUAACCACUACAACCCAAGCACCCAGCACGAGCACAAAGGGCACCACAGCCUCUCCAUCCACCGUAGUGCCCUCAACACCGGCCCCAAGCACCACAACCACUACAGCAACUACCGCUUGUGAGCAGGUAUGCACGUGGAGCAAAUGGCUUGAUGUUGAUUCCCCGUACUCGGGAGCAGGAGAGGGGGACAUUGAAACCUACCAGAACAUUAGGGCAGCAGGAGAGAAGAUCUGUGAACAGCCUGCAGACAUUGAGUGCCGAGCUGAAAACCAACAAGACAUAAGUAUCAACGAAGUUGGUCAAGUCGUGCUGUGUGACGUGCACUUCGGCCUGGUGUGCAAGAACAAGGACCAAAUCGGAAACGUCAACAAGUGCGAUAACUACCAGAUACGUGUCUUAUGCUGUGGGCCAACCCCCAACUGCACAAGUCCAACCACCGCCCCAGUGACCACAACAGGCAGUACACCGCCUCCGACCACACUAAUCAGCACCACCACUCUCACUAUGCCAACCAGAACCAGAGCCACAGAAACAUCCCCACCACCUACAACCACAGAAACCGGCACAGAGGUCAUCUCAACCACACAUCGCACAACCGUGGUCACUACAACCCUCACGACGCCACCUCCUACAACAGAAACCAGCACACCCGUAACUACAGUGCCCCCUCCAACAACGACCUCUCAAAGCCCCUCCACAACUACCACCCUGCCAACCAGCACAAAGACCACUAUUUCCACCCAGAGCACAACACGGACUCUCCCGCACACCUCCACAACUGUCACAACUGCCACCCAGUCCACCACCCAUUUGUCUACACUCCCCACCCACUCAAAAACGACUCCAACCACUACAACCCAAGCACCCAGCACGAGCACAAAGGGCACCACAGCCUCUCCAUCCACUGUAGUGCCCUCAACACCGGCCCCAAGCACCAUAACCACUACAGCAACUACCGCUUGUGAGCAGGUAUGCACGUGGAGCAAAUGGCUUGAUGUUGAUUCCCCGUACUCGGGAGCAGGAGAGGGGGACAUUGAAACCUACCAGAACAUUAGGGCAGCAGGAGAGAAGAUCUGUGAACAGCCUGCAGACAUUGAGUGCCGAGCUGAAAACCAACAAGACAUAAGUAUCAACGAAGUUGGUCAAGUCGUGCUGUGUGACGUGCACUUCGGCCUGGUGUGCAAGAACAAGGACCAAAUCGGAAACGUCAACAAGUGCGAUAACUACCAGAUACGUGUUUUAUGCUGUGGGCCAACCCCCAACUGCACAAGUCCAACCACCGCCCCAGUGACCACAACAGGCAGCACACCGCCUCCGACCACACUAAUCAGCACCACCACUCUCACUAUGCCAACCAGAACCAGAGCCACAGAAACAUCCCCACCACCUACAACCACAGAAACCAGCACAGAGGUCAUCUCAACCACGCAUCGCACAACCGUGGUCACUACAACCCUCACGACGCCACCUCCUACGACAGAAACCAGCACACCCGUAACUAUGGUGCCCCCUCCAACAACGACCUCUCAAAGCCCCUCCACAACUACCACCCUGCCAACCAGCACAAAGACCACUAUUUCCACCCAGAGCACAACACAGACUCUCCCGCACACCUCCACAACUGUCACAACUGCCACCCAGUCCACCACCCAUUUGUCUACAAUCCCCACCCACUCCAAAACGACCCCAACCACUACAACCCAAGCACCCAGCACGAGCACAAAGGGCACCACAGCCUCUCCAUCCACCGUAGGGACCUCAACACUGACCCCAAGCACUACAACCGCUACAUCAUCUACCACUUGUGAGCAGGUAUGCACGUGGAGCAAAUGGUUUGAUGUUGAUUUCCCCACCUCAGGACCAUCAGAUGGAGACAUCGAAACCUACCACAACAUUAGGGCAGCAGGAGAGAAGAUCUGUGGACAGCCUACACACAUUGAGUGCCGUGCUGAGAACUUUCCUAAUAUAAGCAUCCACAAUGUCGGUCAGAAAGUGAGUUGUGACAUCAAUUUCGGGCUCGUGUGCAAAAAUGAGGAGCAAGUCGGGAAGUUCGAGAUAUGCUUCAACUACCAGGUACGUGUCAGGUGCUGCACACCAAACCCCAUCUGCACAAGUCCAACCACCACCCCGGCGACCACAACAGGCAGCACACCGCCUCCGACCACACUAAUCAGCACCACCACUCUCACUAUGCCAACCAGAACCAGAGCCACAGAAACAUCCCCACCACCUACAACCACUGAAACCAGCACAGAGUUCAGCUCAACCACGCAUCGCACAACCGUGUUCACUACACCCCUCACGACGCCACCUCCUACGACAGAAACCAGCACACCCGUAACUACGGUGCCCCCUCCAACAACGACCUCUGAAACCCUCUCCACAACUACCACCCUGCCAACCAGCACAAAGACCACUAUUUCCACCCAGAGCACAACACGGACUCUCCCGCCCAUCACCACAACUGUCACAACUGCCACCCAGUCCACCACCCAUAUGUCUACAAUCCCCACCCACUCAAAAACGACUCUAACCACUACAACCCAAGCACCCAGCACGAGCACAAAGGGCACCACAGCCUCUCCAUCCACCGUAGUGCCCUCAACACCGGCCCCAAGCACCACAACCACUACAGCAACUACCGCUUGUGAGCAGGUAUGCACGUGGAGUAAAUGGCUUGAUGUUGAUUCCCCGUACUCGGGAGCAGGAGAGGGGGACAUUGAAACCUACCAGAACAUUAGGGCAGCAGGAGAGAAGAUCUGUGAACAGCCUGCAGACAUUGAGUGCCGAGCUGAAAACCAACAGGACAUAAGCAUCAACGAAGUUGGUCAAGUCGUGCUGUGUGACGUGCACUUUGGCCUGGUGUGCAAGAACAAGGACCAAAACGGAAAAAUCAACAAGUGCUAUAACUACCAGAUACGUGUCUUAUGCUGUGGGCCAACCCCCAUCUGCUCAAGUCCAACCACCACUCCGGUGACCACAACAGGCAGCACACCGCCUCCGACCACACUAAUCAGCACCACCACUGUCACUAUGCCAACCAGAACCAGAGCCACAGAAACAUCCCCACCACCUACAACCACAGAAACCAGCACAGAGGUCAGCUCAACCACGCAUCGCAGAACCGUGCUCACUACGCCCCUCACGAUGCCACCUCCUACGACAGAAACCAGCACACCCGUAACUACGGUGCCCCCUCCAACAAGGACCUCUGAAACCCCCUCCACAACUACCACCUUGCCAACCAGUACAAAGACCACUAUUUCCACCCAGAGCACAACAUGGACUCUUCUGCACACAUCCACAACUGUCACAACUGCCACCCAGUCUACCACCCAUUUGUCUACACACCCUACCCACUCCAAAACGACUCCAGCCACUACAACCCAAGCACCCAGCACGAGCACAAAGGGCACCACAGGCUCUCCAUCCACCGUGUGGCCCUCAACCCCGUCCCCAAGCACUGCAACCACUACAUCAACCAGUACAGCUACUACUGCUUGUGAGCCAAUAUGCACGUGGAGCAAAUGGUUUGAUGUUGAUUUCCCCACCUCAGGACCAUCAGAUGGAGACAUCGAAACCUACCACAACAUUAGGGCAGCAGGAGAGAAGAUCUGUGGACAGCCUACACACAUUGAGUGCCGUGCUGAGAACUUUCCUAAUAUAAGCAUCCACAAUGUCGGUCAGAAAGUGAGUUGUGACAUCAAUUUCGGGCUCGUGUGCAAAAAUGAGGAGCAAGUCGGGAAGUUCGAGAUAUGCUUCAACUACCAGGUACGUGUCAGGUGCUGCACACCAAACCCCAUCUGCACAAGUCCAACCACCACCCCGGCGACCACAACAGGCAGCACACCGCCUCCGACCACACUAAUCAGCACCACCACUCUCACUGUGCCAACCAGAACCAGAGCCACAGAAACAUCCCCACCACCUACAACCACUGAAACCAGCACAGAGUUCAGCUCAACCACGCAUCGCACAACCGUGUUCACUACACCCCUCACGACGCCACCUCCUACGACAGAAACCAGCACACCCGUAACUACGGUGCCCCCUCCAACAAUGACCUCUGAAACCCCCUCCACAACUACCACCCUGCCAACCAGCACAAAGACCACUAUUUCCACCCAGAGCACAACACGGACUCUCCCGCCCAUCACCACAACUGUCACAACUGCCACCCAGUCCACCACCCAUUUGUCUACAAUCCCCACCCACUCAAAAACGACUCUAACCACUACAACCCAAGCACCCAGCACGAGCACAAAGGGCACCACAGCCUCUCCAUCCACCGUAGUGCCCUCAACACCGGCCCCAAGCACCACAACCACUACAGCAACUACCGCUUGUGAGCAGGUAUGCACGUGGAGUAAAUGGCUUGAUGUUGAUUCCCCGUACUCGGGAGCAGGAGAGGGGGACAUUGAAACCUACCAGAACAUUAGGGCAGCAGGAGAGAAGAUCUGUGAACAGCCUGCAGACAUUGAGUGCCGAGCUGAAAACCAACAGGACAUAAGCAUCAACGAAGUUGGUCAAGUCGUGCUGUGUGACGUGCACUUUGGCCUGGUGUGCAAGAACAAGGACCAAACCGGAAAAAUCAACAAGUGCUAUAACUACCAGAUACGUGUCUUAUGCUGUGGGCCAACCCCCAUCUGCUCAAGUCCAACCACCGCCCCGGUGACCACAACAGGCAGCACACCGCCUCCGACCACACUAAUCAGCACCACCACUCUCACUGUGCCAACCAGAACCAGAGCCACAGAAACAUCCCCACCACCUACAACCACAAAAACCAGCACAGAGGUCAGCUCAACCACGCAUCGCAGAACCGUGCUCACUACGCCCCUCACGAUGCCACCUCCUACGACAGAAACCAGCACACCCGUAACUACGGUGCCCCCUCCAACAAGGACCUCUGAAACCCCCUCCACAACUACCACCUUGCCAACCAGUACAAAGACCACUAUUUCCACCCAGAGCACAACAUGGACUCUUCUGCACACAUCCACAACUGUCACAACUGCCACCCAGUCUACCACCCAUUUGUCUACACACCCUACCCACUCCAAAACGACUCCAGCCACUACAACCCAAGCACCCAGCACGAGCACAAAGGGCACCACAGGCUCUCCAUCCACCGUGUGGCCCUCAACCCCGUCCCCAAGCACUGCAAGCACUACAUCCACCAGUACAGCUACUACUGCUUGUGAGCCAAUAUGCACGUGGGGCAAAUGGCUUGAUGUUGAUUUCCCCUCCGCAGAACCGGGAGAUGGAGACUGGGAAACCUUUCACAACAUUAGGGCAGCGGGAAUUUCUAUUUGUGGACAGCCUGCAGACAUUGAAUGCCGGGCAGAAAACUUUCCUAAUAUUAGUAUUCAGAACAUUGGUCAAGUCGUGCAGUGUGAUGUCAGUUUUGGAUUUGUUUGCAAGAAUGAGGAACAGGUUGGGAAGUUCAGGAUAUGCUUCAACUACCAGGUUCGCAUUAUGUGCUGCGAGGAAAUCCCCAAGUGCCCAAGUACAACCACCAUCCCACAGACCACAGCAGUUAGCACACCUUCAAUGUCUGUUAUUACUACAAGAACAACAACACUCCGUGCUUGUCACUGCCAGGUCCAGGAAAGUCUUUAUCAACCUGGUGAAGUGAUUUACAACACCACAGACAGUGAUGGAUGUGUUUUUUAUGCCAUUUGUACUAGCAAUUGUUCAGUUUCUAGAUUCCAGGAACGGUGUAAUACAUCCACACCAGCAACAACAACACCGGCAACAGCUAUUCUGCCAACAGUCACUGCAUCUACUAUUAUAACACCACCUACAGGAUGCCAGAAGGUCAAGCCACACAGAAAGAAUGGUGAGACUUGGAAUCCGUCUAACUGCACAAUAGCGAAGUGUGAGAAUAACACGGUUGUUGUAGAAAACAAAUAUUGCCCUCCUGCAAGGGAAAUUACUUGUGCAAAUGGAUACCCACCAGUAUUGGUGACUGAUGAAACUGGCUGCUGUCACCACUACGAAUGCCAAUGUACAUGUAGUGGCUGGGGGGAUCCUCAUUACAUUACUUUUGAUGGAACCUAUUACACCUUCCUACAAAACUGCACAUAUGUCCUGGUGAAGCAGAUUAUACCUGUGUACGACAACUUCCGGGUUUACAUUGACAAUUAUUUCUGCGAUGCAAAAGCAGGACUUUCCUGUCCUAAAGCCAUUAUUAUUUUCUACAAGUCUGCAAAAAUAGUACUGACCCGUGAAGCUGGUAGCGGAGCGCAGGCUAACAAGAUUUAUUUCAAUGGCGAACUUGUCGAACCAGGCUUGAACCAGGAUGGCAUUUUGAUUGCCAUGCGUGGUAUUCAAAUGAUUGCUGAAAUACCUGAGAUUGGAGCCAUCGUCACAUUUAAUGGAUAUGUCUUCUCAAUACAACUCCCAUACAGCAAAUUUGGCAACAACACUGAAGGACAGUGUGGCACAUGCACAAAUAAUAAAUCAGAUGAAUGCCGCUUGCCAGAUGGUCAGAUCAUUUCUUCUUGUCCCAAAAUGGCUUAUCACUGGAAAGUUUCUGAUAAUCAAACUUGUUUGACACCACCACCUAUCAUUACAACACCUCCUCCUUUCUCGUGUGAACCUUCUUCACCCUGCAAGGUUAUUUUGAGCAAAGUUUUUGAAGAAUGUCAUAAAGUGAUCCCACCAGAACCUUUUUACAAGGGUUGUGUUUUUGAUGAAUGUCGCAUGAGGAAGCCCUCUAUACUGUGUUCAAGCUUGGAGCUGUAUGCUUUUUGGUGUGCCAGCAGAGGUGUUUGCAUUGACUGGAGAAAUGAAACCAAUGGCACAUGCCCGUUCACCUGUCCAGUGGGUACAGUGUAUAAGGCAUGUGGACCUCUUAAUCCUUCAACUUGUAACCCAAGGGAUAUUCAACUCAGCGGCAUUGGCCUAACUGAAGGAUGUUUCUGCCCUAAAGGAAAGACUCUCUUGAAUUCAGACAGUGAAACAUGUGUCCCUGAAUGCAUUUGUGUGGGACCAGGUGGAGAGUCCAAAGCGCCUGGAACAACAUGGGAGAGUGAUUGCCAAGACUGUAUCUGUGACAAUUCCACCGUUGAAGUGCACUGUGAACCACGCAAAUGUCCACAAGUCAGCAAAGUAUCUUGUGAUAAGGCAGGGUAUAUCCCUGUGAAAAUAUGGACAAAAGAUGAUAAAUGCUGUCCCAGUACCGAAUGUCGCUGCAACGUUAGCUUCUGCCCUGAAUCCAUAAAGACAUGUGAAGCGGGCUAUGAGUCACAUAUAGAGAUGCUAGAAGGAAGUUGCUGUCCUGUCCUUAGAUGCAGGGUACCACCAGGCUGUCUACUCAAUGGAACUGUCUACCCACCUGGAAUGUCCUGGUACUUGCCUGGUAAUAACUGUACCUCCUAUGAAUGUAAAGAAAACAAUCAUCACUUCUUUGUUGUCACAAGAAAUAAAUCCUGCGCUGCCUUGAACCCUGAAGACUGUGGACCAGAGGGAGUCACAUUGUCUGCAGAUGGCUGCUGUAAAGUAUGCUCAACACUACCAAAAGGUUGCAAGCUACUGAACACCACUACCAUCAUCAGCCAGAGUGAAUGCACAGCUACUGUACCUAUUGAGCUAACAUACUGUGAAGGAAAUUGCCCUGCUUCUUCAAUAUAUUCUGCUGAGGCGAACAUGAUGGAACAUAAAUGCAAGUGUUGUCAGGAAGUCAAGACCAGCAAAAAACAUGUGACCCUGCAGUGCCAUAAUGGAACCCGCAUCGACUACUCGUACAUCCAUGUGGAUGAGUGCGGAUGUGUGGGCUCCCAGUGCAUCCCACAAAGCAGCCAUACCACCCCAGCACAGGUACAGGAACAGCAGCAACAGGAACAGAUCCAGCAGCAACAAUGGCAAGGCUAAAACCAAGCAACAGAUGAAAGAACCAAAGCCAGGAAGAGCAGAAUAUAGACGGAAAUAAAUCGUUUCUAAAGCAGCUAAAAUUUUGGACAUUCAGAUAAAGUUCUCUCUAUAUAUGCUAAACAUUUCUGUUUCCAAAUUAUUUCAGCUUCCAUUAACAAUUCAUCUCAUUGCUCUAAGAAUCUUUUCCUUGCAACUUGAGAGGUUCUAAGAUAAGGAAAUCUUGAGGUUUGUUAUUUUCUGAGUGAUACCUUUCCUUUCAUGCAGUGAAAUCAAGUUAAAUUUUACUGUAACUAUUUUCACAGCUCUUACAGAAAAUCUUUGCUAUAAGCAGUAGUCUCUUCUUUUUGGCUUGAUUUUUCUUUACUGUGACUGUGCAAGUCCAAGCAUAAAAUAAACAUCACUGUAUAGUUAAUGAAGUUUCACUAGCCACAGUCAUUACACUGUGUUCCAUACCAACUUAAAAAUGACUAAUCAUUUCACUGAAGUAGACUUACUACUGUUAAAUCUGCUUUCAUCCCAGCAAUGUCAACAAUCUACACCAGAAAAAAUACGAACUUUAUUUUCCUCCCUUUUUUUACGUGAAAGAAUUUACGUGGUAGAAACUGCAUCAUCUUAAACCUUCAAACUUUCAAGAUUGUGGGUGAUUUGUAAUGGGUGGUUUUCCAUCAAUAUUCUUUGGAAAAGAAAGAAAGAAAGAUAGAAAGAAAGAAAUCCUACCAUGCAAAGCUGCUGCAGAAUAUUCUCUGUUUACAUGAGAUUAUCAGCAUAGUAAUGAUAUGAAAAUUUGAACAUUUUUAUUACAUGUUCUUGGUUAACUGUUUACAGAAGAAAUAUAUAUUUUUUGUCAAAAGGGGCAUAUGAAGGAUUUUUUAACAAAAGUAAUUAUAUUAAUAUAAAUUCUUUCCAAGGAAGCUGAGUUUUUUAAAAAUGUUUUACUAUUGCUAUUUAUUUUGUUUUUGGAAAAAUAGGUGUAUUGGGCUAUAACCUUCAGCAAUAAUGUUGUCCCCACUUUCUAGCCUCAGUUCAUAUCUGGGUGUGGGAUAUUUUCUUUUUUCUAUUUUGUUUUGGUUUUUGUUUUUUUGUUUUUUGGUCUUUUUUGAAGGAAAGUGAUGAUGAUGAUUAAUAAACUUUAAGCAUUUUGCAA